AAGCCUGAACACACAAACUGUACGAAAUUAGGAGCAGCAUCAGACAGAAGAGUUACUGACUGUUACAAUGAUGCAUAGAAUUAUCUUAAUAAUAUGUGUUCUUGUGCAACACCAUCCAUUUUUCUGUUCAGGAGAAGUGGUUACUCCAAAGCCAAUAAUUGUAAAUGGCACCUAUUUAAACCCAGAGCUUGGUAAGUAUCAUGCCAGGUUAAGAACUAUCAGUCGGAGUUGCCUUGACAUCAAGGAGAAUUUUGGAGUUACAACAGAUGGCGUCUAUUACCUAACCACAGCAAACGGUGUGAUGUAUCAGGCAUUCUGUGAUAUGACCACAGCUGGAGGUGGCUGGACACUGGUAGCCAGUGUGCAUGAGAACAAUAUCAAUGGUAAAUGCACUGUAGGUGACCACUGGUCCAGUGAGCAAGGAAGCGAUCCCAAACGCCCGGAUGGUGAAAGAGCUUGGGUGAACAGUGCUACAUUUGGCACUGCAGAGGGAGCUACCAGCGAAGACUACAAGAAUCCUGGCUACUAUGACAUCACUGCAGACGAUGUAUCAGUUUGGCACGUUCCUAAUGAUGCUCAGCUCCAAAACUGGCCAAGCACCGCAAUCCUGCGCUACCACACCGAAACCAAGUUCCUCACCGAAAAUGGUGGAAGUCUGUACCAUUUAUUUAGGAAAUAUCCAGUGAGGUCUGGAGAAGGAGAAUGUACAAAUGACAAUGGACCAUCUGUCCCAGUGGUGUAUGAUACAGGUGACAAAGAUUCAACAACAAAACUCUAUGGCCCAACUCUUAGAGAUCAUUUUGAGCCUGGCUUCGUCACCUUCAGAGUGUUUAAUGAGAAAAAAGCAGUGAUGGCUAUGUGCUCUGGGAUCAAACCAACUGGAUGCCAUGCAGAACAUUACUGCAUUGGUGGAGUAGGAAACCUUGAGCAGUGUGGGGAUUUUACAUCACUUAAUGAACUUCCUGCAACAAACUCAUCCAAGGAAUUAACAGAGGCAGCAGUUCUGAUCUUCUAUCGCUGAAAGCCUUCGACGAGACUUCUAUAGCACUUUUUCUAAUUCAUUUGGUCAAACUAGUUCUCACUUCAGCUUCUGUAAAAUGUUUACAUUGUGAUUAAUAGCUAUAUAAAAGUAAUUACAACUAAAGUUGACU